GCUGUGCAAUGCAUUGACGUGUGUUUUAAAUCCUUAAGAUUUGUUUAUUCCGUCCAGCAACUGUUGUUUUGUUUCCGGCCCGUCUAAGAGAAAUGUUGAACAACUUAGCUUGGUACUGUAAGUAAAACAAAUCGGAGAAAAAUGCAACGCAAUGUGCUUCAUAGCAGCUUACUUAGUGCGGCUUUCAGUAUUAUAUUCCAGGUGUUUUGCCGUGUGAUAACCUUUGCCAUCAAUGCAUUCAUUGUACGAAACGUUGGACGAGAUGUGUUGGGUAUCAUGAACGUGCGUUUGUUGCUUUUGGAAAGUACUCUACUGUUUUUGUCGAGAGAAGCCUUUAACCGAGCGGGAUUGAGUGCCACCACUCAAAAAAAUGACAAGUGCUCAUGGGCGCAGUUAAUCAACCAAAUGUGGCUUACAGCUCCUACUUGUGUGGUCAUAUGCAUUCCUUGUGUCUAUAUUUGGUUGCAUCUGCUGUCACCGGUUGAGGAUCAAUUCAGUUUACAAUAUCAGUUCGGUUGCUAUUCAAUGGCUAUUUCAUGUGUAAUUGAAUUAUGUGCUGAAGCUCCUAAUUUUGUAUCGCAAGUUUUUUGCUUCGUCCGUCUUAGAAUUGUACUGAGCACCUUGCAUAUAUUGGUACGAUCAGUAGUAUUUCUCUGGAUUGUAAUAAACGACAAAAGCGCUGCGAUUAAUGCGUUUGCCAUUGCACAACUUAUGAGCACUGCAACAAUCAUACUUGGUAAUUAUGGCUUCUUUUACUUUUACAUUCGGAGAUUCAAUCAAGAAAAGGAAAAAAAAGAAAGAUAUGCGAAAUUGGAUUCGACGAUGUACAACGAUAUGAAAGACUUUCCUUUUAAAAAAAUUACUGAUUUUCUCCCUGGAGUUAUGGAAAAUCAAGGAAAGUACUUGAAUUCCGAGCUGCAGAUUCUUACCCUAAGCUUCGUUAAACAAGGCGUGCUAAAACAAAUCUUAACUGAAGGUGAGAAAUACGUAAUGUCUAUAAGCCCAGUGUUAAGCUUUAGUGAACAAGCGACAUACGACGUGGUAAAUAACUUGGGCAGCUUGGCGGCACGAUUUAUUUUUAGGCCAAUAGAAGAUAGUAGCUAUUUUUUCUUUACACAAACGAUAGCUCGUGAUGUUGAAUUAUAUAAACAAAAGCGGGAAAAUGUUUUACAAGCAGCAAAAGUGCUAGAAAAUCUGUCACUAGCAGUUACAUCUAUUGGUUUAUUGGCUCUAACUUUUGGGCAAAGCUAUUCGCAUACUCUACUUACGUUGUAUGGCGGUGCUGACUUCGCUGCUGGGGGACUGCCAGAAAAGUUGUUGCAAUGGCAUUGCUUAGCUAUAUACUUUUUAGCGAUAAACGGUAUUACGGAAGGCUAUAUGUUUGCCACGAAUACUAACAGGGAUAUUGACAAAUACAAUUACCUAAUGGCUAUAUUCUCAAUUAGUUUUCUAAUACUCUCCUACAUUUUAACAAGCUGCUUAGGCCCGGUGGGAUUUAUAUUUGCAAAUUGCAUCAACAUGUUUUGUAGGAUCUGCUACAGUACAUGUUUCAUUUUUCGACAAUACAAGCCGACAGGUUUGAACCCACUGCAGGGUUUGUUACCUGGCAAAUGGUUUGCCAUGACUGUCUUGAUAACAGGUAUAUUUUGUAAAUAUUCAGCGCACUACUCGACGCCGCAAUUGGUGCACAUCACAUAUGGCUUUUUAAGUAUUGUUUCUUGCCUUAUUGUUUGGGUUAUAGAAAACAGUGAACUGGUGAGAUUAGGUUGGCGAUAUGGACGACGCAUUAAAACUGAUUGAACUGAACUGUAUAUGUAGUAUUAAUAUGUGUAUAUGUACAUAAGAUAAACAAUCCUAGCAGAAUUUGACGUUAUGUUAUUUUUGAUUUGCAAAACAGUUAAGGAUAUUUUGUUAAAAAAUCAAA